AAAUAUACUUACGCACCAAUAAUAAUAAUAAUACAACCUUGCAAUUAUCCAAGCCAAACAUCCCGUCUGUCUUAUUCUUCCUGCAAAAAAAAUUUCAAUGAUCUUUCUCUCUCUCUCAUCUUGCCGGAAUUAAGGAGGGAGAGGAAAGUUCAAGAAAACCCAGAAAAUAUUUCCAAAAAAAACAAAUAAAAAAAUGUGCCCUUUAAGAUUCAUUUUGGUAUUUUUCUCUGCAAUUUUGGCAGGAUUUUUGGCAUGGAGAUCAUUUCGUUCUUCACCUGAGCUUGAUUUUGCAAUUUCUGAAGAUUCAACAGCUGAUAAAACGACAUCAUCAAAGGAUGAUAAGCAAGAAAGGAAUCUCAAAAUGAUAAUUCAAGAUGGUUUCUGGGUAUUUGUUGACAUGGCAAGUGGGAAAUACUUGUGGCGGAAUUUUAAGGAGAUGAACACAGUGGAGAAAGUAAAGAGUUGUUAGAAUUCUUUUCAAGUAAUUUGAAAUCCUUGUAUCUGAGUAUUUCCACUUUGUUGAAUAUGAUGAGUUAACUCUGUAUAAGUUGCUAAAAACUAUAGUGUGUAAAUUUUGUGCACAAAUUGCUCUCCUGACUUUCUUGAAUUUUCAUGUGUCAAAUUUACAUUGUAAUUGCAAUUUGGUGUGACUUCUGGUGAAGAGAUUGUAGUAUUAGACCGAGUAAAAAAAAUUACUUGCAAAAUGUGACAAUUUUUAUCUUGGAAUAAAUUUCUGGCACUCUUCUGCUGUUUUUGUUA